CUGUCAUUUCCACAAGUGCCACUCGAUUUCGCCACUCCUACAGUCCUACUCGUCGACUGCUCGCUUAACCAUUGAAAAAGUGAGCCAAGGGUUUUGAUUAUUUUCGACGUCUACGGCGAAUCUCUCCGCAUCUUCAUCGAUUUCCCGGCGACGUUUACUACCGCCGUUUUACUCAAUCGUGCCAGCUUAAGCAAUCGAGUGUGUAUUGAGGUAUACCAGAGAUAGACAUAAAUGAGAUGGAUGUUGACGAGAUCGAGUCUGCUGGGCAGAUCAAUAUUUCUGAGCUAGGAGAAAGUUUUCUCCAGACUUUCUGCAAAAAAGCUGCGACAUCUUUCUUUGAAGAGUUUGGACUUAUAAGUCAUCAGCUUAACUCCUACAACUUCUUCAUUGAACACGGGCUUCAGAAUGUGUUUGAGUCCUUUGGUGACAUUCUUGUGGAACCGUCUUUUGAUGUAAUAAAGAAGAAGGAUGGCGAUUGGAGAUACGCAACGGUGAAAUUUGGAAAAGUCACUUUGGAGAAGCCUACAUUCUUUUCGGAUGACAAGGAGCUUGAGUUUCUCCCAUGGCAUGCAGGCUUCAGAACAUGACAUACUCAGCAAGGAUCAAAGUCAAUGCCCAAGUUGAGGUGUUCAAAAAAAUUGUUAUUAAACACGACAAAUUCAAGACUGGACAAGAUGAAUAUGUCGAGAAGGAGAUACUGGAUGUCAAAAAACAGGACAUUCUAAUUGGUAGCAUACCUGUCAUGGUGAAAUCUGUCCUUUGCAAAACUAGCGAGAAAGGAAAAGAAAACUGCAAAAAGGGGAAUUGUGCCUUUGAUCAGGGUGGAUAUUUUGUGAUAAAGGGGGCUGAGAAGGUGUUUAUAGCUCAAGAACAGAUGUGCACAAAGAGAUUGUGGAUUUCUAAUUCACCAUGGACAGUCUCCUUCAGGUCCGAAACUAAAAGAAAUAGGUUCAUUGUGCGCCUCUCGGAGAAUGAGAAAGCAGAAGACUAUAAGAUAAUGGAGAAAGUACUGACAGUGUACUUCUUGUCGACUGAGAUUCCAGUCUGGCUCCUGUUCUUUGCGUUGGGUGUUUCAUCAGACAAAGAAGCCAUGGAUCUAAUUGCUUUCGAUGGUGAUGAUGCAAGCAUUACCAACAGUCUCAUAGCUUCUAUCCAUGAAGCUGAUGCAGUGUGUGAAGCUUUUCGCUGUGGGAACAAUGCCCUAACAUAUGUUGAACAUCAGAUCAAAAGCACCAAAUUCCCUCCUGCUGAAAGUGUGGAUGAUUGCCUCCGUCUGUAUUUGUUUCCAUGCCUCCAAGGUUUGAAGAAGAAAGCCCGAUUCCUGGGCUAUAUGGUGAAGUGCCUUUUGAGCGCGUAUGCGGGAAAACGAAAAUGUGAAAACAGGGACAGUUUCCGGAAUAAACGAAUUGAGCUCGCUGGAGAACUGUUGGAGAGGGAGAUAAGGGUGCAUCUUGCACAUGCUAGAAGAAAGAUGACCAGGGCCAUGCAGAAACAACUCUCAGGCGAUGGCGAUUUGAAGCCUAUAGAGCAUUAUUUGGAUGCUUCCGUUAUCACCAAUGGGCUUAAUAGAGCCUUCUCCACUGGAGCAUGGUCUCAUCCUUUCAGGAAGAUGGAAAGGGUCUCAGGUGUUGUAGCUAAUUUGGGUCGUGCAAAUCCAUUGCAGACUCUGAUUGAUCUGAGGAGAACGCGACAGCAAGUCCUUUAUACCGGCAAGGUUGGAGAUGCUAGACAUCCGCAUCCUUCUCACUGGGGCAGAGUAUGCUUUUUGUCAACUCCAGAUGGUGAAAAUUGUGGUCUUGUGAAGAACAUGUCUCUUCUUGGACUUGUUAGCACUCAAGGUUUGGAGUCUGUGGUGGAAAUGCUCUUUACUUGCGGAAUGGAAGAGCUGAUGAAUGAUACCAGCACACCAUUGUGUGGCAAACACAAAGUUCUUCUCAAUGGAGACUGGGUUGGAUUAUGUGCAGAUUCUGAAUCCUUUGUCGGGGAGUUAAAAAGCAGGCGGCGCCAAAGUGAAUUACCUCUCGAGAUGGAAAUCAAGCGAGAUAAAGAUGACAAUGAGGUGAGAAUUUUCACUGACGCUGGUAGACUACUCCGACCUCUCUUGGUUGUGGAAAAUCUCCACAAGUUGAAGCAAGACAAACCUACACAGUAUCCUUUUAAGCAUCUUCUUGACCAAGGGAUUCUCGAGCUGAUCGGGAUUGAGGAAGAAGAAGACUGUACUACAGCAUGGGGAAUCAAACAGCUUCUGAAGGAACCAAAGAAUUACACGCAUUGCGAAUUGGACCUAUCAUUCCUGUUGGGUGUGAGCUGUGCAAUUGUCCCAUUUGCAAAUCACGAUCAUGGGAAAAGAGUUCUUUACCAGUCUCAGAAGCAUUGCCAACAAGCCAUCGGAUUCUCAUCAACGAACCCUAACAUCCGCUGCGAUACGCUGUCCCAGCAGCUGUUCUAUCCCCAAAAGCCACUUUUCAAGACAUUGGCGUCAGAGUGUCUUGAAAAAGAAGUUCUAUUUAAUGGCCAGAACGCAAUUGUUGCUGUGAAUGUUCAUCUCGGGUACAACCAAGAGGACUCCAUUGUGAUGAACAAGGCUUCAUUGGAACGUGGUAUGUUCCGUUCAGAGCAGAUUAGAAGCUACAAAGCAGAGGUUGAUACUAAAGACUCGGAGAAGAGGAAGAAGAUGGAUGAGCUUGUUCAGUUUGGAAAGACAUACAGCAAAAUCGGCAAAGUAGACAGCCUUGAAGAUGACGGGUUUCCUUUCAUUGGUGCUAACAUGAGUACUGGCGAUAUUGUCAUUGGCAGAUGCACCGAGUCUGGGGCUGAUCACAGUAUAAAGCUCAAGCACACUGAGAGAGGAAUUGUGCAAAAAGUGGUAUUAUCUUCUAAUGAUGAAGGGAAGAAUUUUGCAGCGGUUUCUCUGAGACAGGUUCGUUCUCCAUGCCUUGGAGAUAAGUUUUCCAGUAUGCAUGGCCAGAAGGGUGUUUUAGGCUAUCUAGAGGAACAGCAGAAUUUUCCUUUCACGAUCCAAGGCAUAGUUCCUGAUAUUGUGAUAAACCCGCACGCUUUCCCUUCUAGGCAGACACCAGGUCAACUCUUGGAGGCUGCUCUCUCCAAAGGAAUCGCUUGUCCUAUACAAAAGAAGGAGGGUAGCUCUGCUGCAUACACCAAAUUGACACGUCAUGCCACUCCUUUCUCCACUCCGGGUGUCACUGAAAUCACCGAGCAGCUUCACAGGUACAUUCUUCACAUUGUCACUUGGUUUUUAGCUCGUAAAACAGAAUAUUGAAUUAUAUGCAAUACAGAUUGACAUUUGGUUCCUAGGGAGUACAGAUGGAUGAUAUCAUUAAGGGUAGGAACUAAUUAUUAAUAAUGUUGCCUGGUUGGAGAUGUUUGAACUUUGGGACUUUGGCUCAAAAGCUGACAUGAUAUGCAUAAUACCAGCAAAUCGAGCUAAUAUACUGCACAAGGCACUAAGCUAGAUUUGAGCACCUUACUUGAAACAUGUCAUAGUGGAUCUUUGUUUUGUUUCCUAGUACCAGAAGUGAGCAUGAUUUAUAUGACGGGCAAAUAUCUCUGUAAGACCAAAAAAACUAAGAAGUUGGAUGUUCUCUGGUUGAUUAAAUUGUGCCUGCAAAACGUCUAGAGGAUACACAGAAUGGGCUCAAAAGCCAUGUAUCAGUAUAUAAUUAGUUAGAGGAUUGAUGCUGUGAGCCUUGUGAUUAUGUAUGAUUCGUUGAACCUUUCUUAGAUCAUUGUUGAUUGCCAAUGGUAAAUAUUUGUGGUUAGGGCCGGCUUUUCAAGAUGGGGAAACGAAAGGGUCUACAAUGGUAGAUCGGGUGAGAUGAUGCGCUCUCUGAUAUUCAUGGGCCCAACUUUCUACCAGCGACUUGUCCACAUGUCAGAGAACAAAGUCAAGUUCAGGAACACCGGACCAGUCCACCCGCUCACACGCCAGCCAGUCGCAGACCGGAAGAGGUUUGGCGGGAUAAGAUUUGGAGAAAUGGAGCGAGACUGCCUAAUAGCUCACGGUGCAUCCGCUAAUCUGCACGAGCGGCUCUUCACUCUAAGUGACUCUUCUCAGAUGCACAUCUGCAGAAAAUGCAAGACCUAUGCGAAUGUGAUCGAGAGGACUCCAAGCAGUGGAAGAAAGAUCAGAGGGCCAUAUUGCAGAGUGUGCGCAUCCUCCGACCAUGUGGUUAGGGUCUAUGUUCCUUAUGGAGCUAAGCUUCUUUGUCAGGAGCUGUUCAGCAUGGGCAUUACUCUCAACUUCGACACCAAGCUCUGCUGAUUCCCCGUCAUUAUUAUGUAAAUAGCUUAAUGCCUUAAGACCAUGAUGAUAUGUGUAGUUUGCUUCAAUCCCUGUUCUGGUUAGUGUUGGUUUUGGUUUGGUUGAUUCUGUAAGGGUUAUCCGAAACGAAGAAAUCGUUAAACCAAGCCACUGAACUAAAUCUUAAGUGUUGCUUUUGUAAGAGUUGACUCUUUAACCGUAAAUGAUGAUCGGAUUUUGU